AUGAGUGAAUUCGCCCCGUCUGCGUUGGGGACCAAAGAACAGUGAGUCUCUGUGGCCGCCGCCAUGUUGGUAUACCCGGAAGCAGCCCUGCACGUGUAGACUGGAUGUACAUUUAGAAUGCAAUGUAGUGAGGGCUUGUGUGACCUAGUAGAGUGUAUUUAUCAGAAAUGUUACCACACAAAUUACUUUAAUCCAAUCAAAACAGCUUGUAAAACGGAAACUUUCCUUGACCUCUUCAGAAAACAAAGUACUAGUGAAAACCACUGAUAGGCACCAACAUAUAUGAUCACAUAGGUCUCACCUGUGACUUAAUCACAUUUUAGGUAGCAUGCCUUUUACUGUAUGUUGGGUUAUUUACAUGUUGUACCUCUCUGUGAAGCAUUUUAUUGUAUAAAUAAUACUGUGGUGUUUAGGCAGGUUUAAUUACUAAAGUGAAAAUGUAAAGUUUAAGAUCAAAAUGGACUGACUAAAAAGUCUCUUAGCUAUGGUUUCAGUUUGGCUUAACCCCUUAAGGACCACACUUCUGGAAUAAAAGGCAACCGUGACAUGUCAUGUGCCCUUAAAGGACCACUAUAGGCACCCAGACCACUUCAGCUUAAUGAAGUGGUCUGGGUGCCAGGUCCAUCUAGGAUUAACCCUUUCUGCUGUAAACAUAGCAGUUUCAGAGAAACUUCUAUGUUUACCUAUGGGUUAAUGUGAUUUUCACAGUGAGAAGACACCAGUGUCCAUAGGAAAGCAUUGAGAAUGCUUUCCUAUAGACUGGCUGAAUUUGCGUGCGGCUCUUGCCGGGCAUGUGCAUUCAGCCGAUGACGGAGAAAAGGAGAGGAGUGUUCCCCGCGCCGAGGGAGCCCGGCGAGGGAAAACAGGUAAGAUUUAACCCCUUCCACCCCCUUGAGCCUGGCGGGAGGGGGACCUAGAGACCGUAUAGUGCCAGGAAAACUAUUGUUUUCCUGGCACUAUAGUGGUCCUUUAAAGGGGUUAAAUUUGAAGUUCACUUUGCGUUCUCAUUUCAGUAAAUAACCCUGUUUGAGUAAAUCCAGUAUAUGUUAAAGAUUACAAUGGCUGGACAGCAGCUGAAUGUUGGAUCCUCAUUUUUCAUUAUCUCCUAUUAACUUGUAAACUAUACUCAUGCAUGACUAAUAAUAUAUGCAUGAAAAAGAAACCAAAAAAUAUAAAUACAUAAAUAAGAAGUAAAAGGGAGAGCUAACAAAGGACACCCAUUAUAUUACCAACCAUUUUAAUCACAUGUGAUGCCAGAGGGGAGAUUCAGUCUCCCUAAGUACAUACUUGGGCAUCUGUCCCUUUUUUUUUUUUAAAUAAUUUUUUUUUUUUUGUACGUCUGCAGCUGGGAUGCAGUUUACAGCCGAGAACUUAAGUCAUUCCAAGACUUUGGUGAUGAGGGAGAGAUAUGGUAAGUGAUUGAAAGAUGAAACUAUUAAUUGGUAAUGAGAUAUAUAAUCGAUGAGGUAUUGUCAAUUGAGAUACAGUAUCUCACAAAAGUGAGUACACCCUCACAUUUUUGUAAAUAUUUUAUUAUAUCUUUUCAUGUGACAACACUGAAGAAAUUACACUCUGCUACAAUGUAAAGUACAAAGUCUACAGCCUGUAUAACAGUGUAAAUUUGCUGUCCCCUCAAAAUAACUCCACACACAGCCAUUAAUGUCUAAACCGUUGGCAGCAAAAGUGAAAAUGUCCAAAUUGGGCAUUUCCAAAUUGUCAAUAUUUUGUGUGGCCACCAUUAUUUUCCAGAACUGCCUUAACUGUCAUGGGCAUGGAGUUCACCAACGCUUCACAGGUUGCCACUGGAGUCCUAAUCCAUGAUGACAUCACACAGCUGGUGGAUGUUAGAGACCUUGCGCUCCCCCAUCUUCCGUUUCAGGAUGCCCCACAGAUGCUUAAUAGGGUUUAGGUCUGGAGACAUGCUUGGCCAGUCCAUCACCUUUACCUUCAGCUUCUUUAGAAAGAUAGUGGUCGCCUUGGAGGUGUGUUUGGGGUCGUUAUCAUGUUGAAAUACUGCCCUGGGGCCCAGUCUCCGAAGGGAGGGGAUCAUGCUCUGCUUCAGUACAGUUCCCUCAAUGAACUGUAGCUCCCCAGUGCCGACAGCACUCAUUCAGGCCCACACAAUGACACUCUCACCACCAUACUUGAUUGUAGGCAAGACACACUUGUCUUUGUACUCCUCACCUGGUUGCCGCCAAACACGCUUGACACCAUCUGAACCAAAUAAGUUUAUUUUAGUCUCAUCGGACCACAGGACAUGGUUCCAGUAAUCCAUGUCCUUAGUCUGCUUGUCUUCAGCAAACUGUUUUCAGGAUUUCUUGUGCAUCAUCUUUAGAAGAAGCUUCCUUCUGGGAAGACAGCCAUGCAGAUCAAUUUGAUGCAGUGUGCGGCGUAUGAUCUGAGCACUGACAGACUGACCCCACCACCCCUUUAACCUCUGCAGCAAUGCUGGCAGCACUCAUAUAUGUUUAUUUCCCCAAAACAUUUUCUGGAUAUGACGCUGAGCACGUGCACUCCUUCUUUGGUCGACCAUGGCGAGGCCUGUUCUGAGUGGAACCUGUCCUGUUAAACCGCUGUGUGGUCUUGCCCAUCGUGCUGCAGCUCAGUUUCAGGGUCUUGGCAAUCUUCUUAUAGCCUAGGCUAUCUUUAUGUAGAGCAACAAUUCUUUUUUUCAGAUCCUCUGAGAGUUCUUUGCCAUGAGGUGCCACGUUGAACUUCCAGUGACCAGUAUGAGAGAGUGUGAGAGUAAUAACACCAAAUUUAACACACCUGCUCCCCAUUCUCACCUGAGACCUUGUAACACUAACGAGUCACAUGACACCGGGGAGGGAAAAUGGCUAAUUGGGCCAUUUCCACUUAGGGGUGUACUCACUUUUGUUGCCAACGGUUUAGACAUUAAUGGUUGUGAGUUGAGUUAUUUUGAGGGGACAGCACUGUUAUACAGACUGCACACUUACUACUUUACAUUGUAGCAGUGUGUCAUUUCUUCAGUGUUGUCACAUGAAAAGAUAUAAUGUGAGGAGUGUAAUCACUUUUGUGCGAUACUGUAUGUGUGUGUGUGUAUAUAUAAUAUAUAUAUAUAUAUAUAUAUAUAUAUAUAUAUAUGUAUGUAUACUACAGCAUGUUUGUAUAGUUUUGUAUUAAAGGGCAAAUGUAAAUUUAUGAAAACUAGAAUUAAGGGGCAGUCUUUUUAUAAAAAAUUUUAUUUCAAAUAUUUUGUUUUGUGAGGGAAGGGUAUAGAAAACAAGAAACAUAGGGUAAUAAUGUGAAACAGGUACAGUGCACAAUAUACAAGUUGUUUAGUUGUUGCUUUCAUACGGUUUAAACAAGUGUGCAGAAUUUAUUUCAGCAAUCUAAACGCAGUUUAACAUGUUUACUUUUUUUUUGUAUAAAUUAUUUAGUUGUGAAGUUGUCUUUUAUUCAAUAUUAGUGGGGGUGGGGGUACAGAAAGAAGGCAUAAAGGGGUAACAUCGUAUACAACGUUUGACAUAAGGCAGCAGUGCUUGUACAAAUUUCAAUCAGAACCGGUAAUUUGUAAGAUUAAUUUUCAUUUAUAACCCAUGUAUUUGUGUCUGUGAUGGCAUCACAGUAGUCUUUAGUGCCUCAGUGUGUACAUGGUAGGUUGUCACUGUGGUGUGGUAGGGGAAGGAGUAUAGUUGCGCCCUGUUUCCUCCUGGUAGGCCUUAUUGUGCAAGCCCAGGGGGUGACCGGAUCUCCCCUCCUGCCUGCGUUGCGUAUAAAACAUUUACUGGGUCCUCGCCUAUGUCGUGGAGGAGUUUGCGUCUUUGAAGUAGGUUUGGGUGUGAUGCAUGCAUCCAGUGGAGCAGUGGAGGGGUAUUGUAAAAUUGUCGGGGAUAAAGGGACAGUCUAAUCACCAUAACCACACACUGUAGUGAUUAUUAUACCAGGAAUCCCCGGAUGCUGUCAUACUGGUAACAGUCAAGCAGGUGUUUGAUGGUUUGUCACUAACCUGGGUACUCUGCGUGGCUGCAGUCCAGCCUCCUCUUCAGAUAUAUCUAAAGUGAAAGUUCCUACUUCUCCAUUAGAUAUAUCACUAUUAUCCAUAUUUAAAAUUGAUAUAACAGGUAAUUAACAUCACUAGUGUGGAAGUAUCAACUUCCGUUUUAGCGAUAUUUAAAGAGGAGGCUGGACCAAGGGUGCUUGGGGGCAUCAAGUAAGUGUCAAGCCAUUCAAAAACAGUUUGACUCUUACUUGGGGGGCAGUGUCAGGGGCCACACUGAAGUGGUUAUGGUGCCUUGACUUACCCUUCUAAGAAUUGUUCACUGAUAGAAUGUUAUAACUAAAUUUACAAUGUAACUAUUUUAUCGAUUUACUGAGUGUAUACAUGACAAGAUGGUUGAUAUUUCUUCCUUUCUGACAGGUUUGGGGAAGGUAGCAUGGCACGAGUGGUUCGCUGGCUGAAAGCACAGAGCAUACCACCUACUACCUCAAUACUUGACAUUGGCACUGGGAACGGCAUUUUGCUUGUAGAACUGGUAAGGAUGUACAAGAUUUUUAGGAUGAAGUAAAGUACUGUUUAAGUAGCUCGAAAGGAUCCUGUCCUUGCUGAUUCUGACACAUUUUAUCGUUUGUUCAGGGGUGUAACUCCACCUCAGAUUCCUGUCAAUCAUAUAGUUAGAAACAUUUAUCCAAGUUUUGCAUGUGACAUCUGUAAGCCAUAUGCACAACUUGGGCUCUUUCUCAUCCCAGGAGAGAGAGUUGAGCCAGCUAGCUGAGACCAAUAGCGGCAUACAUCAUGGUUUAAUAAACAGAUAAAUAUGCUGUGCCAAAGUUUAUGGAAUAAGAGUUUCUUCCUGUUACUUGAGGGAUCUUCCUGCAGGUGCAAUCAGUCCCAAUAAACAGUGCACCCAGUGAAACUUUAAAGGUGAGUAGCUUCUUUGAUUUUUAUUUUUAUUCAAUACAUUAAUUUUGCAGUGCAUUAAAAAUAGUGGUAUUUUUUAAUUCGUGGUAUCAUUGCCUUUAACCUUAACUUCACAGUCUAAUUAAUACAUUCUGCAUUUUAUGUUCACUUUACAGGCAAAAUGUGGAUAUAGCAAUCUCACAGGUAUAGAUUACUGCAUGAAUGCUGUUGAGCUCGCGAGAAGCAUAUGUGAAAAGGAAGGUGUGUCUCAAAAUGUACAUUUAGAGGUGAGGAACAAUAAAGAAUUGGCCUGAUGUACUCUAACGCAUGUUUUCUUCUAUAUUUCUAGUAGGCCACAAUUAUUAUUUGGGGUAUGUGCAUUAUAUUGAUGUAUACCUGCAGGGAUGGGUUCGCAAAGAGUACCUGCAGAAGAGUAAACAGAAAAAAAUGUUACUGGUAAAGUGAGACUGGAAAGCAUUGUAUAAAAUAACUGUGUAACAUCUGGUCCAUGACGUCUGAAUAGCCUCAAUAAAAAUGUAAACACGUUCCUCUGUUCCCAAACUGCGGAUAUGCCAGUGUACCUUUUCUUUCUAAGAGGACCUGCACACAGCAUUUACUCUUAUGUUUUUAAUGUUUCAAUGGGCAAGUACAUAUCUGUGGGCAAUAGUUAAGUGUCUGCUGCAAAAACAGCCAGAAAAAAAAUAUAAUGUAAAUAGUAAUGUAAUUCGGGUUCCCUUUAGGUCCAGCCAGUUAGACUCAUGUUCCACACAUUUCUUCAUUUUCAUUCAGGGGUUACUCAAAAACCAUGACCACUUCAGUGAUUUGAGUUGUACCCCUGUUGUACUUAUGUCUAGAACUCUGUUCCGGGCUACCUAGUGUCAAUUCUGUGCAUAAUAAUCUUUUCUGCUCUGUGCAUAAAAUUCUUCUCCGUUACUCUGCCUGCGAGGGAAAAGUAGCUAUCCCCUCCUUCUGCUGUACAUAUAGGUUUUUUGUUUAUUUUUUAAUAACCCUCCCUUCCCUCAUAGGGUCAAGUGGCAAAAUGGUCCAAUAACAGGAUUUUCUAUGUUGGGCUUCUCUAAUAUUGCAUAUUCAGUACCUGCUUCUAGAGGGUCCCAAAUAUUCCUGUCCUGACAUAUGUAUGCCAGGGAAUGAGGGAUAGCUGAUUGAUUGACUUUACGGCUCCCUGCCUGCUGCAGUUCUGAAUAGUAAUUGUAACAGGAUAAUAGUCUUAAUAAAAUACACUUUUUAAUUUUAUUUUGUUCAAUGAUAAUUGGCUGCAUAUCAGCAUAUAUCUAUCCUUUGUGGAUUCAGCCUAAUAUUCUGAAAAAUUAUUUCUGGUUCGUGAAAUAUUAAUCAAAAUAUUAAUGAAUGUAAGGUGCACACUCUAUAUCUUAAGUGUGAUUCUGAUUUUAAGCACAUUUAAAUAAUAUUAUUGCAGAGACCACAAAAACAUCGAAAAAUCCAAAUGCAGUAGCACUAACUAUUGCUCAGAAAAAGCUAUAUGUAAUUGCUCCAGCUUAUAUGAAAUUAGCUUAAAAAGAAAAACAUAAAAAUGUAUUGCAAAAUCCACGCUCUUAGUGACAUCCACAUACAGUGCCCAUCAAAUUCCCAUUUGUUUUAUUUUUAGGUAACAGACUUCCUAGUAGCAUUCCAUCCUUCAGAAAGGUUUGACAUUUGCCUGGAUAAAGGAACAUUUGAUGCAGUGAGUCUCGACCCUAGUGGAGCAGAAGAGAAGCGCAGGUUGUAUAUAGAGUCACUGUGCCAUGUUCUAAAACCACAAGGACUCUUUAUCAUCACAUCCUGUAACUGGACCAGAGAUGAACUGUUAAAUCAGUUUGGUGAUGGUAAGAGGCAUCUUUGGUUUCUUGUCUGUUUACUUGCAGGUGUUGGAAUGGACCUUAAAGGAACACUACAGGGAAAGGAACACAAACAUGUAUUCCUGACCCUAUAAUGUUUAAACCACCAUCUAGCCCCCUACCCCUUAAAUAUAGAAAAAUCCUACGUUUAUGUCAGUCUGCUGCUGCUGGCUCUGCCCAUGAUCUGCCUGCUUGGCUGACAUCAUCAGAAGUGGUGAUCUGAGCCAAUCACAAUUAUUUCUCAUAGGAAAGCAUUUAAUUGGUUGAGACUGCCAAGGAGGCAGAUCAGGGGCAGAGCCAGCACAUGUCAAACACAGCCCUGGCCAAUCAGCAUCUCCUUAUAGAGAUGAAUUGAAUUAAUGUAUCUCUAAGAGGAAAGUUCAGUGUCUGCAUGCAGAGGGCGGAGACACUGAAUGGCAGUGCUGCACAAUAUGCAGCACUGUCCCAGGAAGCACCUAUAGUAGCCAUCUGAGGAGUGGCCAGUGGAGGUGUCCCCAGGCUGUAAUGUAAACACUGCAUUUUUUCUGAAAGUGUUUACAGCAAAAAGCCUGAAGGUAAUGAUUCUACUCACCAGAACUAAUACAAUAAACUGUAGUUGUUCUGGUGACUAUAGUGUCUCUUUAAAGCCUUACCUUUGUAAUCGUAUAAAUAACCCUUUUAAAAGAGACAAUGUGAAUGCGCACUAUUGGCGUCUCCCUGCUGAGGACAGACAUAGAAAUAAAACAAUACUGAGUGACAGAUUAACUUGGAUUUUGGUUAAUGAAUUACUUCUCUUUCUUUGAAUGUUACAUAAUAUAGUAAUUAGGAGGUGUUACAUUAACACAGAGAGCUAGGUGAGAGGUGUACACUCCAGUGUACUAUUACAAUGCUGAUCCAAUAAAAAUGUCAUAGAGUACAAGUUCUGUUGAUUUGCAAACAAAACUUUUAAAUUACUGUGGUUACAACACAUUGUUAUUGCAGAAACUGCUUGUAAUUUGUUUAUUUAAUAGCACAACAGAUUUGUAAAUAUUAGACCAGUUACUGAUUUUUAUUUUUUUCUUGUGAAUCUGUGUUUUAUUUUUUUGAAAACGUACAUAGAGAAAAGUAUACAAGAGAAAGCGCGGAGGCUUCUCCAUAUAAAGCUGAAGGAUCAUAACAUGUAGCUCUAUGUUUGAACGCACAACAUUCAUUUACAUCAUAAGUUGGAUUUAGUCCCAUUUCAUCAACCCCUUUUACACAUUACACUUUACAGAAAAUGAUAUAUUCUUAUUCACUUACAUAUUCUGAUCUUACCUUCCAGUUCUACACAUAAAACAAAUCAUAUUUUGUGUAUCCAAAUCAUAAUCUUUGAUAAAAUAUUUUAGGAGCCUGGGAAUGAAUUAAGAAAAUAAACAAUCCAAAAAAAACAUUGACGUCUCAGCAAAAUCAGAGUGCAACAAAGAAUGCUUUAGGAUAAAAUGCUCAUGUCAUAAUCUAUUUCUCCACUUAAUAAUUUAUGGCCCCUUAAAAGGAGUCCAUUAUCGGUGUUCUGCAGAAUCUUUUUUUGCUCUCUGACUUUAAUCUGGGCAUGCUACCGCUGUACCGCUCCUAUGAUUCUGGGAGGAAAUGGAAUUGCAUGUAAUCGAUUUCUUGGGUCAUAUUUAUAGUUUUUUACAUCGAUACAGACAGAAUAAAGGUAAAAGCUAUAAAACAGAAUAUGGGAAUCCAUUUAGUCUAUGAAAUUGCUAAUAGUUUGGGUAGGACAGUAUAUCGAUUGUAUUCUCUAUAAACUCCUCACACCUUUACAUUAUCUUUACAGAACAGUAUAGACUGGAAUCCUGCAGUGCAUUUUCAAAGUGUGUUGCUUCAGUUUCUCAUUGUUACUGUUUUAAUCAAUAUAAUGUGUUGUUUUUGUUUGUUUUUUAUACAGAAUUUGAAAUCACUGAUGAGUUGCCCACACCUACAUUUAAUUUUGGAGGCCAGUCUGGUAAAAGCGUUACUGCGUUAGUGUUUAAAAAGAAAAGUGACUCAUGA